AUGACGUUCGCGCUGGGGCUGCUGCCGCCUGCUAGGCAGUCUCGAGUCAACCAUUUCGAAGAGUAUGAAGCCUCGUCAGGGACCGAGUCCUCUGAGACGCCAAGCAGACGCUCGUCCGUAUAUUAUCCUCGCCCCCGGACCCCCUUCGUGACAUCCUCAUCCGACCCGAACAGUUUCCUCCAGACUCCCUCCCGAAGAGCCACGCCGACAGCGGACAACUACCGACACCACCCCAGCUCAGCGUCGUCCCGGUCGGUCUGCUCUACUGCGACGAACACGCCCCUGCCUUCGCGAUCAGGCUCCCCUUUACCUCACUUCCUUGCUUCAGGCUCGUCUUCCGCCUGCACGUCUGAUUCGGAGGACGAACCGUACGAGUCUACGUCACCUCUGCUCAAUACUCCGCGAGGCCCGUGGUGGAGAGAUGAUAGACGGCGAUGGUGGACGUUCGGCGCACCGACGCGAAGGCGGCGGAGACGGAGCUUCUCAUGGUGGAGGAGAGUGAAGCGGUGUGUGCGAAGCAUUGUCCAACAUCCCUUUUUCCCAAGUCAGCCUAUCACGAUCUUAUUGACCCUCCUGCUACUAACCAUCCUCGGCAUCUUCAUCACCCUCCUGCUCAUCCACAUACUAAACCCGGAUAAGGAGCCUCUGCCCUGGCGUGUGUACUGCAGCGCGCCUUCAACUUACAAUAGCGAGCGCAUAUCUCUGCUGAACCCGGGGAACCGUAUCAUUCCCCCAGACCACGGGGCGGAGUAUCCUUCCCCAUCAUUUCCUCCUGAUAACCUCGACUCACUGCCGCCGGCUGGCAUCUUUCUCGGUGUAUUCUCGUUGGACUCGUCUUUCGAGAGGCGGAUGCUCGUCCGUAGCACGUGGGCAAGUCAUCCUCGCAGUCGGGAGGGCGCUAUAGACGGUGAUGGAGGGAACGGGACCUCUCGCACGAUUGUGAGGUUUAUUCUGGGUCAGCCAAAGAAGAGUCUCGAACGCAGGAUAAGACUGGAAAUGGAGACGUACAAUGACAUUGUAAUUCUACCCAUCGCGGAGAACAUGAACUCCGGAAAGACGCAUGCCUUCUUCACAUGGGCUUCCAAUUAUGCCUACGUACCGCCAGUUUACUUUGAGACCUCUACUCCGCCGCCAGAGUUUUCAUACUCCAAUUCGUCCUCGGUGCCGCCCCCAGUAGCCAAGCAUGAUCCAUCACAUGCUCGGCAGGAUGUUCUCUCGAGGAGACCGAAGCGUUGGGUCCGGCCGGAUUUCAUUGUGAAGACGGAUGACGACUCCUUCGUGAUGCUUGCGGAAUUGGAAGCACGCCUUCGGGUCGAGUUGCACGCCAAGUCGCCUCCAGCCAACGCUACUGAUACGAAUCCUCAUUCACCUCGAGCCGAGACAUCUACUACCGCUGUCUCGGCGUCUCCGUCGCAAGUCGUGUCUGCUCCAGAUCCAGCUUCGGUGAACGAUCCUUUGAUUUACUGGGGCUAUCUUGUCAAGCGACGAUUUAUGGCAGGGGAGCUCUAUGCCUUGAGCUGGAGUCUGGUGGACUGGAUCGCGCGAGAUCCUGUGAUACGGACUAUGACCCGGGGGGCUGAAGAUAAGCAGACCGCGAAGUGGAUGGAUAUGCAUCCUCGCGCGGAUCAGGUUCGGUGGAAGGAUGAACGAUGUUGGAUAUACGACCAUCCCAGGGCUGGCACAGUGUACUCUCACGGCUUCUUGUUCCCCUCAGAAGCUACGCGUGUCAGGAAUUCUAUGAAGAACCUUUUCGACAGAGAGGAUAACCUGAUCGACUAUUUCAACAACGUGACGGACUCUUCGUCGCAAUGGUUCGUCGACGAGCCCACGCGGACGCAAUGGGCUCAUUCCAGCGUAUCGACAUUCGGCGUGAGAUAUACCCCCCCUGUGCCUGAUUUGACGACGUUACAAAGUGUUGAAGCCCUCGUCGAAGGCAGUGACAUGUCUUCUUUAAGAGAAGGCAGCCCAAUGACUCCCGAGUUCGCGUGGACACAUCGUGAAGGUCGACGUAGGCGAUACGAGAAUAAACGGGUGGGCGGCACCGUCGUAGUCCACUUCAUCAAAAAGCAUGUUUGGUGGCUAGAGACGGCCCUGGCGCUUCUUGAGGGCCCAGAGAAAAGCGAGUCUGAGCUGCAGUCCAGAGUAGACGAACUGGAAAACGCGAUCGACAGCGGCGACGCGCCCUCAGCGGCGUCUUCUACAGAACUAUCCCAACCCCAGACGUCCUCGCGGAUGCUUCACAAACCCAGCCGCUCGAGUUCUUUAGGGACUUCCACAACACAUCGGCGACGCUAG